ACGCACAAAAGUCUUUGGGAUGAGAUACGGGACUCUUCUGUAACCGGAAUGGCUCAAUGAAAAAUCAGAUCGCCGUGUUUGUUUUGAGAAAGGAAAAAAAAAAUCCGUUUUAUUUGCUUCACGAUGAGAGGAGGAAGACAAAGGCGCCGACAGAUCUGUUGGUGGUUUCCCGGGAUUUUGUUUCUGUGCUCUGUGGAUGUGAUUUUGGCUCAGCUCAAAUAUUCGGUUCCUGAACAUGUAAAUGUCGGCUCUCCUGUAGGAAAUGUUGGCAAGGACUUGGGGCUUGAUAUCAGCACCUUGACAAGCAGGCGAUUUCGCAUUGUUUCGGGUCCGAACCACUCUCUGUUUGAAUUAAAUCAGAAAAGCGGAGUGCUGCACGUCGCGCAGGAUAUGGACCGGGAAGAGCUCUGUGAUGGAACCAAGGUCUGUUUGAUAAACCUUAAAAUUGUUAUUGAAAGCCCACUUGAAAUACAUUAUGUUAGUGUAGAAAUAACCGACAUCAACGACCAUUCCCCGUCUUUUCCCGAAACCGAGCAGCGGCUGGAAAUAGCAGAGAACACCCCACCGGGCACUCGUUUCCAGAUUCAUGCAGCUAGAGAUCCUGAUUAUGGCUCGCAGUCAGUUCGACUGUAUAGGUUAAGUCAAAAUGAUUAUUUCGAAAUUGAAGUCAAGGAAGGCGAGGAGGACAAAAUACCGUUUUUAUUGCUUAAGAAACCUUUAGACAGAGAACGCAAAGCAGAACAUCAGUUAGUGUUGACGGCCCUGGAUGGGGGCGCGCCGCCCAAAUCUGGAAACCUCAAUUUAACCAUAACUGUACUAGAUGUAAAUGAUAAUCGUCCUGUGUUUAGCAAAGAUAUUUAUACUGUGUCUUUAAAUGAAAAUGCUCCGCUGGGAACUCUUGUAGUCAAAGUAAACGCAACAGAUUCAGACGAAGGCACGAACGGUGCGAUUGAGUACACAUUCGGAAAAACGCAAAAGAAAAAGGUGUAUGAUAUAUUUGAGUUAGAUAAUAUCUCUGGUGAAAUUCGAGUAAAAGGGAAGGUGGACUUUGAGGAGGCUGAGAUAUACAGGUUAGAUCUGCAGGCUUCGGAUAAAGGCCAGCCUCCCUGGACAGGGGAAAGUAGAGUGGUGAUAAAGUUAAAAGAUUUGAAUGAUAAUGACCCCGAAAUUGAAAUAACAUCACUGUCCAGUCAAAUACCGGAGGAUUCCAAGCCUGGCACUGUUGUCUCGCUCAUCAGUGUCACAGACAGAGAUUCGGGGGUGAAUGGAAAAGUUAUUUGUAAAAUAUCGGAAAAUGUUCCAUUUGAUUUGACUCCGUCGAUUGAAGAGAACAUGUACUCACUGGUUACAAAGGCACGAUUAGACCGGGAGGCUGGAUCACAUUAUGACAUCACCAUAACUGCCACUGACUGUGGGGAACCCAGACGUUCAGCAGCAAAGAUGCUGCAAAUUCAGGUGUCAGAUAUAAAUGACAACAGGCCAGUUUUCAGUCAGGAUCCAUUCGAAAUCUACCUAGUCGAAAACAACGCUCCAGGCGCGUCAAUAUUUUCGAUAACCGCCUCUGAUAAAGACCUGAAUGAAAAUGCAGUAAUAACGUACAGCAUUGGGAAAGCCGAUGCGGUUCAGGGUGAUAUGGCUCCUUUCCUGAAUAUCCAUUCAGAAAAUGGACAGAUAUCUGCGCUGAAAAGUUUCGACUUUGAAACCCUGAAAACGUUCCGGUUCCAAGUUGUGGCCUCAGAUUCUGGGACUCCGUCCCUGAGCAGCAACGUGACAGUGAACGUGUUCAUCCUGGACCAGAACGACAACGCUCCAGUCAUCCUGUAUCCAGUCAGCUCCAACGGUUCUGCUGAAGGUGUGGAGGAGAUUCCCCGCAAUGUGAACGCAGGACACUUGGUGACCAAAGUCAGAGCCUAUGACGCUGAUAUAGGAUAUAACGGCUGGUUGCUGUUUUCCCUGCAGGAAGUUACUGACCACAGCCUCUUUGGUUUGGACCGCUACACAGGACAGAUCAGAACCCUUCGCUCAUUCACAGAGACAGACGAGGCUGAGCAUAAACUGGUCAUCCUGGUCAAAGACAACGGCAACGUUUCCCUCUCAGCAACAGCUACUGUGAUUGUCAAGCUGGUGGAGCCCAGAGAGGCUUUUGCAGCUUCUGAUGUUAAAAGUGCAGCAAAGGAUGAUGAGGAUACUAAUGUGACUUUUUACCUGAUGAUCACUCUGGGCUCAGUUUCAGUUCUGUUCAUCAUCAGCAUCAUCGUGCUGAUUGCAAUGCAGUGCUCCAAAUCCCCAGACUAUACUUCUAAAUAUCUCCAAGAGACUAAUUAUGAUGGGACCCUGUGUCACAGCAUCCAGUACAGAUCUGGAGACAAACGGUACAUGUUGGUUGGACCCAGGAUGAGCAUAGGAUCUACUAUAGUACCUGGAAGUCAUGCAAACACACUAGUGCUCCCUGACAGGAGGAGGACGUCUGAGGAGGUAAGGAUGAUACGCGUCAUCUUCACCACAGCGCGGAUCGGUCAGAAACAUGGAGUCUAUUUCAACAAGAUACUUCGCCACUAA